AUGGCUGCCUUCCGCGCGUUCUGCUGACGGUCUCCGGCAUUGCGGCUCCCAGAUAAAAUAUUUAUUUACUAAAGAACGCGUAAACAUCGCUGCAAAGACAUCAGGGCGCUUCGGCUGCGGGGCUUAUGAUUAUUUCAGAACUUAAAAGAGGCGACACACGGCCGCUGCCAGCGGGGACGGAGCGGGUAUUUUCCCCCGCGAAGCAGGCACGGGUGGGGAGGGGGGGUCGCUCACGGGAGCUGGGGGAGAGGGGCUGCGCCCGCCGAAAGGGGGACGAGGGCCGCCCAGCCCAGCCGGCGCUGCCCCCGCCGCGGGCCCCGGAGGAGCCCCCGGCGCCCCGUCCCCUCCCCGGCACGCAAAGGCGGGGGACACGCGCGCAAGAUUUGGGGAAUCGCAGGGGUCUGGGUUUAUUUUCCAGCCGUAGUAAAAAAAAAAAAAAAAAAUAUGCUGGAAAGGUCACAUAAUAAUGAGCUUUUACAGCAAACACACUCUUCCCUUCCCCCUUCGCCUUCCUUCUAUCUCACAAUAAAAUCAUCUCCUUCAAUUUGCCGUGAUCGUCGCGACCAGGAGCCAGGUGAUUAUCCUAAUUAAUGUCUAUCUAAUUAAAUUACUGUCAGCGGUUAACCAAUGGCAGAAGCCGUUUCAUCCUCUCCACAAGCAGCAAGAUCAAAAGUGAGUCUUUCCUGAUUGCUGCAUAGUGUCAAUUGGCCAAUCUCUUCUCCCAGGGAAGGGAAGGGGAAGAAAAAAAAAAAAAAGUAAAUCAAACGUUUGGGAAGCAUUUGGUGGAUGAAGUGCUUUCUGUCUAGUGAGGGUCCCAGGAUGUCUAGCUUCUGAUACUAAGGAGCCCUUUCAGAUCCAGGGACUGAAGGGUUAUUACUGUGGUGCUAGAGCUAUGCAGCUGGAGCAUUGUCUUUCUCCCUCUAUCAUGCUCUCCAAGAAAUUUCUCAAUGUGAGCAGCAGUUACCCACAUGCAGGCGGAUCUGAGCUUGCCUUGCAUGAUCAUCCCAUUAUCUCGACCACUGACAACCUGGAGAGAAGUUCACCUUUGAAAAAAAUUACCAGGGGGAUGACGAAUCAGUCAGAUACAGACAAUUUUCCUGACUCCAAGGACACACCAGGGGACGUCCAGAGAAAUAAACUCUCUCCCGUCUUGGACGGGGUCUCUGAGCUUCGUCACAGUUUCGAUGGAUCUGCUGCAGAUCGCUAUCUGCUCUCUCAGUCCAGCCAGCCCCAGUCUGCUGCCUCUGCUCCUAGUACCAUGUUCCCUUACCCCAGCCAGCAUGGACCUGCUCACCCAGCCUUCUCCAUCGCCAGCCCCAGCCGCUACAUGGCUCACCAUCCUGUGAUCACCAACGGAGCUUAUAAUAGCCUCCUGUCCAACUCUUCUCCGCAAGGCUACCCCACGGCGGGCUACCCGUACCCCCAGCAGUACGGCCAUUCCUACCAAGGGGCACCUUUCUACCAGUUCUCCUCCACCCAGCCGGGGCUAGUUCCUGGCAAGGCUCAGGUCUACCUGUGCAACAGGCCACUCUGGCUGAAAUUCCACCGGCACCAGACGGAGAUGAUCAUCACCAAGCAGGGGAGGCGCAUGUUCCCUUUCCUAAGUUUUAAUAUUUCUGGUCUCGACCCCACGGCUCACUACAAUAUUUUUGUGGAUGUAAUUUUGGCGGAUCCCAACCACUGGAGAUUUCAGGGAGGCAAAUGGGUUCCUUGCGGCAAGGCGGACACCAAUGUACAAGGAAACCGGGUGUACAUGCACCCCGACUCCCCCAACACGGGAGCCCACUGGAUGCGCCAGGAAAUCUCCUUUGGGAAACUAAAACUCACAAACAAUAAAGGAGCAUCAAACAACAACGGGCAGAUGGUGGUUUUGCAGUCCCUCCACAAGUACCAACCCCGCUUGCAUGUGGUGGAGGUGAACGAAGACGGGACGGAGGACACCAACCAGCCGGGCAGGGUGCAGACCUUCACCUUCCCCGAGACCCAGUUCAUAGCCGUCACCGCCUACCAGAACACCGAUAUCACGCAGCUGAAAAUAGACCACAACCCUUUCGCAAAAGGCUUCCGAGACAAUUACGACACGAUCUACACAGGCUGCGACAUGGACCGGCUGACGCCUUCCCCCAACGACUCGCCCCGCUCGCAGAUCGUGCCCGGGGCCCGCUACGCCAUGGCCGGCUCCUUCCUCCAGGACCAGUUCGUGAGUAACUACGCCAAGUCCCGCUUCCACCCCGGGGCAGGAGCCGGCCCGGGGCCCGGCGCCGACCGCAGCGUGCCCCACACCAACGGGCUGCUCUCCCCACAGCAAGCCGAGGACCCGGGGGCGCCCUCGCCGCAGCGCUGGUUCGUCGCCCCCGCCAACAACCGCCUCGACUUCGCCGCCUCCGCCUACGACACGGCCACCGACUUCGCCGGCAACGCCGCCACCCUGCUUUCCUACGCGGCCGCCGGCGUCAAGGCGCUGCCGCUGCAGGCGGCCGGCUGCGCCGGGCGGCCGCUGGGCUACUACGCCGACCCCUCGGGCUGGGGGGCCCGCAGCCCCCCGCAGUACUGCAGCAAGUCGGGCUCCGUCCUCUCCUGCUGGCCCAACAGCGCGGCGGCGGCGCGCAUGGCCGCCGGCAACCCCUACCUGGGGGAGGAGGCGGAGAGCCUGGCCCCCGAGCGGUCCCCCUUGCCGGGCGCCGAGGACUCCAAGCCCAAAGAUUUGUCCGACUCCAGCUGGAUCGAGACGCCGUCAUCCAUUAAGUCCAUCGACUCCACCGAUUCUGGGAUUUACGAGCAGGCCAAAAGGAGGCGGAUCUCCCCCUCGGACACCCCGGUGUCCGAGAGCUCCUCGCCCCUCAAGAGCGAGGUGCUCACCCAGCGGGACUGCGAAAAGACCUGCGCCAAGGACAUCGGCUACUACGGCUUCUACUCGCACAGCUAGGCACGGCCCGCCGGCCCCGCCGUCCUUUUGCACAAUAACUCCUCCGCGCUAGCGCACUGACCCCCGCCCCCCG